CUGAGAGAAUCAGUUUCGGUGGAGAGAACCAAGUGUACCCUGCUAUAGGGCUUUCUCAAUGUAAGGCGCGGAGAGGUGGCGGGGGGAAAUCUGGGGCCAAUGCUGUGGGUUCAUAAUUGGAGCAGAAGCAGGUGACGAAUAACUUACACGCAAUAAACGAGAGGAAAUAUACAGCUGUAUAGUAUUCUACAAUUGUUGGUGUUUUUUUUUUUUUUUUUUUAAUAAAAUAAACCACGGCGGAAUUGUGCGUUUAAUUUUGCUUUGGGAAGUAGAGUAACUAUUCCAAAGCUCAGAGUGUUUGUUACUGCUGGUGUUGAAGCCCGACAUAGGUGCUAAAGUGUUGAGCAGAGCUCGGUUUUUGGUUGUAACAGUGACGCGGACCUUGGAUAAUUAAAUCGCCAAGAUGAUGCGCUUUUUGCGUCGGACCUUUGGCCGGGGGUCUAUGCGGCGGUAUCAAUCACCAGGCGAGCGGGACAGGAGAGGCAGAGGGGGUAUUGGAAAGGAACCGCAACCACAACCACAACCGCACCCGCACCUGCACCAGCAGCAGCUGCAUCACGUCCCGACCGUGGUGACUGGAGGAGCCGUGGUUCACAUCCCAGCGGCGGGCAACAGUAAAUCUGUGCUGACCUGCAGGGUCUUGCUGUUAGACGGGACUGACGUCAGUGUCGAUCUACCGAAAAAUGCAAAAGGACAGGAUCUCUUUGAACAAAUUGUGUUCCAUUUGGACUUGGUGGAGGUAGAUUAUUUUGGCCUGCAGUACAUGGAUGCUGAACAGGUUUCUCACUGGCUAGAUUUCACAAAGCCUAUAAAGAAGCAAAUAAAAAUUGGGCCUCCAUAUACAUUACACUUCAGAAUAAAGUUCUACUCUUCAGAGCCGAACAACCUUCAUGAAGAAUUUACAAGGUACCUGUUUGUGUUACAGCUUAGACAAGACAUCCUAUCGAGCAAAUUAAAAUGCCUGUAUGAUGUUUCUGUAGAACUGGCUGCCUACUGUCUACAAGCCGAGCUCGGAGACUGUGACCCUGCAGACCACUCCCCAGAGCUGGUGUCAGAGUUCAGGUUCAACCCCAAGCAGACAGAGGCCAUGGAGCUGGACAUCUUCCAGAAAUGGAGAGAGUUCAGGGGGAAGAGCCCUGCUCAAGCAGAACUGAGCUUUCUGAAUAAAUGUAAAUGGCUGGAGAUGUACGGAGUAGAUAUGCAUGUGGUAAAGGGCAGAGACGGCUGUGACUAUGCGCUGGGACUCACGCCAACAGGGAUAUUGGUCUUUGAAGGGCCUAACAAAAUAGGCUUGUUCUUCUGGCCAAAAAUUACAAGAUUGGAUUUUAGAAAGAGCAAGCUGACUCUUGUUGUAGUGGAAGACGAUGAACAGGGCCAUGAACAGGAGCACACGUUUGUUUUCCGGUUGGAUAAUGCCAACUCGUGCAAGCACUUGUGGAAGUGCGCGGUGGAGCACCAUGCUUUCUUCAGGUUGAGGCAGCCAACGCAUGGCAGGGCGGGUAAAAACGACUUUGUGCGCCUCGGCUCCCGGUUCAGAUUCAGUGGUCGAACAGAGUAUCAGGCAACUCACGGCAGACUACGGCGGACGAGCACGUUUGAAAGGAGGCCCAGUAAACGGUACCCAUCACGAAGGCAGUCCACUGUUAAAGCAAACAAUCCAGCAAAACCUGCACACCUAUGUGCUCAGAACAAUCCAAAUGCUAAUAUUUAUCAGGCUCAAUAUAAACAAAACAUUCCCUCAGCUCACGAGCACUGGCACGCUGCCCACCCUGUACACCCUGCUCAGCAGCCUCACCCCGCACACCCUAUGGGUGGAAGCUACCCCCUGGAAGCAGUGCCAGCACUGAAGAACAUGGAUCUGGAGCAGUUCAGCAUAGAGGAGAAUGGAGGGACUCCAUACACCAGCAAAGUGUUGGGAAGAUGCCAACAUCAUCACCAUCACCACCACCCCAGCUACGGGCUCAUCGCCAUGGACUGCAGAGAGGCCCUAGCAACUGUCCAGAAUGUGAACAAGUUGAACUCUGGGAUUGCAUGCAGCUAUGAGGAGACAGCGGCCCGUCUGAAGCAGGUCGAGGAGGAGGCGAACAAGGUGUCUGGACCCUGGCCAGCUCUGCACAUCAAUAUCAAUAACAAGGGUGAAGAAAAACGGCUGUCUGAUAAGAGCCUGCAUUCCCCUGCCUCUCCCUCGGCAGUCCCUGACCACAUGAAGUGUAACAUUCUCAAAGCACAGAUGGACGCUGCCUUCAGGGUGGGGGUGCAGGUUGCGAAAGAGGAUGGAGCCAUGUCAGACCACAGCAUACAGGAACAUGAUGGGAGGGAUCCAGCGUCUUUGCAGGAUACAUGGACAUCAUGGGCAGCACCGGAAAAACGUGAAACAAAACCUCCCCGUCUCAAGAAGCUGGUCAGGCAGUACAGCUUCGAUGAGGAUGACCUCCCCGUUGCCCUGGCUAUGAUCUCUGGUGAGAGCAGCAUGGAGAAGACGGCAUCCCAGACAUUCCCCUCCUAUGAAGGGCCAGCAGCCAGUGGAGCCAAGAAUCCCCCAGAGGGAGCUGGUAAAAUGGCCUUGGAACCCGGUGAUCUGUUAAUGGACUUCACAGAGGCAGUACCUCUGAUAAAAACAGUACCUUCUGACCCAGCAGAAUCCUUUUUUGAUCCAUUUUCAGCUGUGCCACAAUUCCCAUUCAGCAAGAUAGAUUUACCAGUCUUGGAUAAGCGGCUGUCAUACUGCAAUUGUCCCUCGUCUCCAGUCCAGCUGCAGUUGCAUUCCCAUGGGCAUUCAGGACGACCACAGACUAACCCACUGCCAUCCCCGCAGGCAGUGCAGAGAAGUGCAGCCCUGAUGGACAGUGCUGAGGCUUUGAGGCGAGAGCUGGAGAGAGAGAAGCUGCUGAAAAGGCUUCUGAUGACAGAGCUGUGA